CCCGUUCGCUUCAACCCGUACCCAGACUACAAUAGCGACGAAUGGAAGAAGCUCAAGCACGCCCCUCACGUUACCUGCAAAGGUCCGACCGGAGAGCCUGUCGAGGACUUGCUGGUUUUCAAGGGCCGCCCUCACGACUUUCCCGAACCCAAGUUUGGAAGCUAUGCUCUGUUCGACAUGGAUCCCAACAUCUGCUGGGAGAGAGAGACACGUCUCGGCCCCUAUGGCCUCCUGCAACAGACCAAGAAGGUGGGCGGCGAGGUCGAAGUCAUCGAUUGGGACAAUGUCAACUGGGGCGAUCUUGUGCGACGCUGCGUCGAAUCAAACGCUGCGAGGUUCGAUUUGACAAAGGAGAAGAAGAACCCGUACCUGGAUGAGCCCAAGUAUGUCAAGGAGAAACGAUCCGCCAUCUUGCUGCGUUCCUACACAGGAAAGGUAUACACCAAGAACGACAAGGAGACGAUUCGUGCCAUGAUCAGCGAGCUCUCUCUCAAGUCUGGCGGCGAAAUGGAAGUCUUCCUCCUCGUCCAAGUCAAAGACAACAAGCUCAACCCGUUCGACGACCGCGAAGUAUACCAAGAUAUUCUGCAGAAGCACAUCCCUCCGGAAUUCCACGGCAUCACCGUCCUGUGGAAUGACCAGCAGGUGUGGGAUAUCUACACGGAGCUCAAGGACGACAAUGAGCGAAGCGUCCACACGGCGCAGUGGCUCUCUGUUCAGAAAUUCAGCCAGGACCACCCCGAAUACGACUUCAUCUGGAACUGGGAGAUGGACUUCCGCUUCACCGGCCAUCAUUAUGAGAUGCUUGACAGCAUCAGCAAGUUUGCCGCCAAGCAGCCGCGUCGAGGUGCCUGGGAAAGGAGCGAUCGGUUCUACAUCCCUGAAUAUCACGGUGAUUACGACACGACCUUCCGAAAGGAAAUCGAGGAGGCUUAUGCCGGUGACACCGUCUGGGGUGCACCUGAGCUGCCCUUUAUCACGCCCGUCGGCCCCAAGCCCCCCGUGAAGACGCCCGAGGAGGAUAACUACACUUGGGGUGUAGGCGAAGAUGCCGACUACAUCGCCCUCGGCCCCAUCUUCGACCCUGUCAACAGCAACUGGAUCAUCCGCGAUAAUGUUUGGGGUUAUUCAGACGCAACACACAGGGCCCGUGACCUUCCUCGCCGCACCACCAUCGUCACCCACUCUCGCCUCUCGAAGCGUUUGUUGGACAUUAUGCACGUGGAGAACUUGCGUGGAAACCAUGUCGCAUCCGAGAUGACCCCUCAGACCGUUGCCUUGCUCCACGGCUUCAAGGCCAUCUUCGCGCCUCAUCCCGUCUUUACCGAUCGCGAUUGGAACGGCAAGUUUCUCCAGUCGUGGUUCAACCCGGGCCCCAGGGGAGAAUCUGGCGGCUACGGAAGCCCCUUUGGCUGGGGUAGAGAGCGACGAUUCCAGGGCCAUUCUUGGUACUAUCGAGCGGAGCCGCCGAACCGAAUGUACAACAACUGGAUGGGCUGGGUCGACACUGAUAUGGGAGGUGAGGCCUGGGAGAAGGAACACGGACGACCUUGCCUGCCGUCCAUCUUGCUGCAUCCCGUCAAGGACACAAAGCCCACCAAGGAAGGCCACAAGACUGGCUUCGAGCUCUUCUACGGCUAA